GUGAACACUUGGAUUCAGCACACUGAAAAUUUAAAUUGAUCAUCGCAUUUCAACGUCGGACACGGAAGCUUUGUCUUUUUCCUCCCUCUUCCUUCCACCUCACACUCUUCCUCACAAUUUCAGUAAUGAGUUGAUGAUGACAUUUCGUCCGUAGCCUUUCAUUAUAGGCAUUUUUUUUUCUUCUUCUCUUCCUCUCGUUCACCAAAGCCUUGCCACGAAGAGGUAGUCAUCGUCAAAGUUAGAUCUGUGCGCCAGUAGUCCCAAUUCCCCGUAUUAAUCGACGCGGCCUCCCUGCUAUCACUUCGUCAAUUCUAUUGUCGAGAAAACACAUGAUGGCAUCGAGAGAAGGCACCCCCGAGCAUAGCCGCUGGUCGCGCGCAUCUAGUGGCGGCCCAAGGGAUAGUACUCCAGGUGACAACCUUGAAGCCAGUAUCAUCAGUCAAUCCGGACACGGAAAUAAGCGACCGAAAAACAAGUCAUCUGCAGCCGCGGCCUCAGCAUCGUUCCCUACCGUGGGAAAGAUUAGACAUCUCAAGAAAGAAGAUGGGGAACCGCUUUGGAGAAGAGAUAUCCAAUACGACUUUCUUAAAGCCGUCUUCGACGACGACAACAAGGUCUUCACGAACAGCUACGAACCUAUAGGAGAUGGCAAGGAGAAGCAGAGUUUCGCGGACCUGUAUAUCGAUACUAUGGCCAGAAGCAGCAAAACGAGCAAGGUUCUUCGAGACAAAUUGCUUAGUGAUCGAGAGGCCGCAAAGAGCAUGGCCAUGGUCUGCUUGCUUGUCAACGUAGGCCGGAUGAACACGACGUUGAACUUUUUUCCUGAGAUGCGAGCUCAGCUACGAACAUACCAUGCCAUCCCGUCGCUGCAGGCGCACCAAGAUGCGUCUGCCUACAAGCAACUACAAGACGCCCCAAGAUUGAAGUCUAUCCUUAAGGGAGCGGCUGAGGAUCGUCCCGAGCCCCAUGAGCUGGGCGAAUUUAAGGGAAAGGAUCCUCCUCGAUCGAACCCAGUUAAUCUCAUUUUCCUUAUAUGCCAGCAAGCGUCUUAUAUCGCAGAGUUACAUUUUCCUCCUGGCGGCGAGUUUCAUGACCUCAUCAUGAAGACGAACUACACAAGCAAAUCCCGUGCUAGAGCCUUUUUAUGGUUGAUGUGGUUCUAUCUUGAGUCAGAUUUUACGGAAGAAGGCUGCGAAGAAAAUCCAUUCGGACAAGGUGUCGACUAUGGUACAGAGGUUGCAAACCAGGGAGUCCCACGAAUGGAGGAGAUGACCGCUGAAGAAGAAGACCGUGAGAAUAUUGACCCUCAGGAGGAGAUUGACUUCGGGCGAGAGAAGCAGAACCACAGAGCAAAGAUCAUCGCAGCUGAUCAAGCUUACUUGGCGGAUCAUCAAAACAAGCGAGGUUCUAGGGGGAGGAUUAUAGCCGACGAAGGUCCGACUGCUGCGAUCCUCCCCCGGAUACGGCCGUCGAAGCACGAGUCGGAUCUGGACAGUACACGGUCUACUCCGCCGCCGAGGGCCUUGUCGCGCAUUGGCGCUAGCAGCACCGGACGACGGGGCGGGGCGCCGCUGAAGCACUUAAUCUUCGAAGGCUCCUCGCCUGCGGGACCGGGAUCUCAUGUUAUUGAAGGCAUAGUCCCUAGAAAGCCACGCCCUCCUACUGCGCAUCAACUCGCAGUGGAGCGGAAUCGGAACCAGCGGGUUGAGCACAUUCUCGGCCGCGGACUUCGAAGACAGCAUCAUCGUGCUCGAAAAUCGCGUCGACAGGAGGGCGCAAUUAUACGUGCCAAGCGUCGUCUAGCAGCUAUGAAGGACGCACUACUAGAUAGCGAUGAAGAAGAGUAUAUGAUGUCGCAUAGGGAGCAUAAACACCCCUUCAUAGAUCGAGGUUUUGGUGGUCUUUGCCAACUUAACCAGGAAGAGGACGAUUUCGGCGAAGAGUUCGCAUCGUACGCAGCCUCACUUCGGAGGGCGGACCGACGACUAAGGCGUUGGGAGGGUCGACCCGAAUUAGGGGUCGUGUCGACAACUAAGAGACGUGUUGCAGCUCCGCCGUCGGAUUAUGCCUCACCGGAAUUACAAGGCGACCAUGGCGGUAAUGAUAGCCCAGAGAAGAUGGACAUAGUCAAGGCGAAGCCAAACGGCAAUACCAACGGCGAUGUCACGAUGGAGGAUGCGGACGAUCUAGAUCCUAUGGAGAAGGAACUGCUAGGAAUUGGCAGUGGGGGAGAGGAGGGUGAAGGUGAGGGCGAGGGCGAAGGCGAGGGCGAAGGCGAGGGUGAAGGCGAGGGUGAAGGCAAAGAUGACUCGGACGACAUCGAUAAUAUCGGAAAGGCGUUAUUGGGUCUCGACGGUUCAGAUGGUACGGAUAGUUCAUAAUGAUCGCAGUGAGCAAGCAUAGGACUGCAUGAAGGUUGCCUUUGCCGUCAUCGGUAACUUGCUGCUGCUUCCUGAUUUCUUUGACAUUUCUAUCAGCUUGGUACGGCACAGUCAAGCUUUGUACAUCUAGCAGGAUCUGGGGAGUAUACAUGGAUGCUUAUUAAAAACAAGGGCAUAGAUGAGAGGCGAUGAUGCGAUAGUUUUCAUCAACACCUCCAAGUUGUGUCUCACAACGUCUAGGGAAAAUAACAGUGUGUCACAUAAUAUUACAACUUCUAGAACGUGGUACAGC